GAUAUGAAGCGAAAUCAAAACAUCUUUCACCUUGGACGGAACAUGAACUCGGCAACGAAAUGUUUUACUAUUCGCAAUAACAUUAUACGAAACUUUUAAUAAGCAACGGUUUGAGAGUGAUUACUUCAUGUUCUCAUUAUAGCACAACUUGGACAACAAUAGUCUUCUUGAAUCAGAUGAUUAUUAUCAUUCAUACUUGUUUGAAGUAUCUAACAUAAUCAUAAUGUGUAGAAAUAAGUCUAUCGAACCAUUUAUACUUACCUAUAUCGACAAGAUGAGUGAAAUGCGAAAGAAGCUGUAGUAUUGUGGGUUUACCGGUUGGGUAGGUGGUGUUACUUUAUAUCCGAUUUCAGUUCACAAGGUCGAAGUGUGUGUCAUAGUUGUGAAAAAGCCCUCAUCUCAUAGACAAGAGAGGUUGUGACUCCUCAUCCGUGUAUUUACCCGUAAGUAGGAAAAUCUAAUUCAUAGUGCAAAUAAGUUCAGUGUUUGGUAAUCGUUCGUGUGAUCCGCCAGAGCCUGAGACAAUCUCUAUUUUCGUUCGGUUUUAAAUUUAGACCAUCAGUUCACCACCCAUUCUGAAAGAUGGAUAUGGAGACAGAGGACCUCAUGUGGAAACAAAUCUACAACAAGUUGAUGGAAACGAAAAAGUCUGAGGAGGAGAAAACGGAACAUGAAAUCAGGAUUCAAGAAAUCGACGGUGGAUUCUUCGAAAAGUUUGGCUCCUUAUUCAGAGAAAACGCUGAAUUGGCAAUAUCCCGAGAAGAAGAAGAGAAGGAAGAUGUAGCUAAUGCAGCUGCUCUAGCAACUUCUGCUGAGGAAAGUGAUGUUCUUCCUGCAGACACUGAAAUAGAAGCCGAUAGAAUAUCUUCCUCGUCAGAUUCGGAAUCUAAUGAGACUAGCGAUAAGACUGAAAUUAUAUCUACAGCCCUUAAUAUCGACGAACUAUAUUCCGAAAUACUAUACGAGAUUAUCCACAAUAUUGGCUGCGAUCUGAGCUGCGACAUCGGACAAACUGCCCUCCUCUCUUAUGUUCAAGAUGCCUUUCAUGUUUCCAACGAGUAUCAUCAGAAUAUGUUCAAUGCCGCCGAACAAAAAGAAGCACCCAAAAUACUGCUGAAUGUUGAAGUUAUAGAAGCCAAAGAUUUGGCCCCUAAGGAUUCAAAUGGACUGAGUGAUCCUUUUGUUACUUUGUACCUGACCUCCAAUCCUGCCCAUAAGUAUAAUACGUCGAUGAAGGAAGGGACAUUGUGUCCUUUAUGGGAGGAACACUUCGCUCUACCGUGGACCGAUAAUGCACUUGAUGAUACCUUGUGCCUAGAAGUGUGGGACUUUGAUCCAGCUGAAUCGGUGAAAGAAAAAUUCGGCAAAAUAUUUGACGUGAAAGGGGUAAAAGGCGUAAGGAAAUUGAUGAAAGAAAUUGCAGUUACCGCUGCACAUGGUCAGCAUGAAAACGAACUGAUUGGAAAGGCCAGGGUACCAUUAAACACCAUUCCAGCUGCAGGAAUGACAAUGUGGUACAGUUUAGAUAAGAAGAAUAAAGAUACCAAGCAAGGAAUCAUCAAAGUAAGAAUAUCUUUCAGUUCGAAAAAAAACACGCUGGUAGCGCAACAAGAACACCGUCAUUUGCUUCGUAUACUUUUGCUGCACGAGUUAGAAACUUCGAAGGUGGCACCUCACUGGUGGUGUGGUUCAUUCAGUCAGCAAGGUGAAGCAAUAAUAACCCAACACAUUAUACAGUCCGGUCUUACCCAAACAGAAGCUGCCAUUUGUCAAUGGGCUGUUUAUAUAAAGAUUCACCAAAAUCAUGCUUUGAGUUUCGUCUUGUACUCUAACCUAUUGGAUAAAUUGUUGAAACCACUGCAAAGCCAUAACGCACUAAGCGAUGAAGAUAUCAAGUUGUUUUGGAAUUCAACCAGGAAGUUACUACCCUAUUGCUUCAGUGUCAUCAGAAAAAUUAAGAGAAAACAGGCCGACAAGAAUUUGGUGAAGAGCGUAAACGAAGUAUUGACCAUAUUAUCCAAAAUUAUGAUGUUGGAGAUACCAAGUGACUUCAAUCUGUUUCCCAGUACGUUGUAUCCGUGGAUUCCAGAUAUUGAGGAAACGAAUGAGUUGACGCUCAAGGAGGUUCUGCUAACAGCGAUCAAAGUGAGCGCCUCAAAUUGGUACGACUACGUUGUGGAUAAUAAUAAAAAUUCUGAGUCUACCGAUACAGCAAAACUUCAGUUGAUCAACAAGGUCUUCAAUUUGGUCAGAUGCGAUUUACAAAAAGCAAUCGAAUUCUUCGAUAAGUCAUUUUACGAAAAAGUUGGAGUGGCGUAUGCUAAAGAACUGUAUAUAUUAUAUCAGCAAAAAGUCAGCGAGCUGACCGAAGAUGAAGUGAUGAAUAUUUGCAAAAGCCUGAAAAAACUGAAUUUCACUGGGAAUUCACUGAACGAGGAAUCCCAUAAGGAAGCUUUGGAGCAAGGAACGAAAUUAUUUGAGCUUUACCUGGGCAUUCAACGCUUUGUCGUUUUUGGACAAGGCAUAUGUCCUGUUGACUGUGAUAGUUUUUAUAUAAACAAUUUUUAUAAAUGGUUCCAUGGUGGAGUGGCUCAAUGGCUGGAGAUUGCUGUUUAUAAAGCAUUACAAAGAAUAGAGAAAGCAGUUGAGUUGGAUAAAUUAGUACCAGUGGAUGCUACUGUGAAAUAUAGUUCUUCGGCUGUGGAUACACUCUCGAUCUUCUACCAGGUGAAGGUAUUCUGGCAACAACUCAACUGGCCAGAUGUGGAGGGUUGCUAUACUUUUAUCGCCAAAAUGAUCGAUGAUAUCUGUCGAUGUGGAGUCUUCUACGCACAGAGGAUGUCCAAAAGGGUUGAUGGUAUGGGAGAAAUACAAAAUGUUUAUGAAAAUCGAUUCGAGGUGACGAACGAAUGGUGUUUGUCUAUCAACAAUAUUGAGUACGUAUCGCAGGCUCUCAAACCGUUCACUACGGAACUAGGCAUGGAGGAGGUCAUCAAGAAAUUGUCGGAUUUGAAGAGUCCUCUUGAGGCUCAGCGAUGCCAGCAAACUUUAGACAAUGUUAUCGAUAAUGCGGUCGAUACUGUGAAGAAUGAAAUAUUUGAUCUACUGGAGACUCUUAUCUUGAAGAUGGCUCCGGCGAUGAAGAGGUUAUUGAUAGAAGGUGCAGAACUUUUCAAUCAAGACAGUAACAGCGUCGAUAGAUUGAUGUUGUACGUUGAUAACAAUCUGAGCACUCUACAUCGGGAACUGAAUGAAGAAAAUUUCGAUAGAACGAUCUAUAUGGUUUGGGAGCAAUUGGGAAAAAUAUUGCAGGAAAUAAUUCAGGCAAGCUUUGAGAACCGAAGACCUCCUUCAUUCUUCGCAAAUUUGCACAAAACUUUGAAUCUGAUGUUGGGCUCUUUCAAAACAUCCGAUGAUUGUGCACGAUGCGAUGGUCUGAUUCAAGCUGAACAGUUAUUGAAAGUGUAUGGAUUGGAAACAAAUGAUCUCAUUCACCAGGUGAACUUAGACUUGCAUGAGGAAUAUAAGAGUAAUACUGAGUCUACUUAUGGUGUGCUGACGGUUAGAGCGAAGUUCCAGGAAAAUGUUUUGUACAUAGAGAUACUGAAUGCCAAAAUAUUGGUAGCCAUGGAUUCCAACGGUUUAUGUGAUGCAUUUGUUCGUGUUCACCUAAUGCCAGAGGACAAAUUUAGAAAUCAGGAGCAACCAAAGACUAAAACCCAUAACAAAACCCUAGUGCCUUUAUUUGACGAAGUUUUCGAGGUUAAAUUAUCUGAUGAACAAAGAUUGAUGCACAACGGCUUGCUUCUAUUCAGUGUUAAAGACAAGGACUUGCUAGGUUACAACAAUAAACACAUAGGAGAAGCAUUUAUUCAUUUCAGAGAUAUAAUCGAUACGGAAGAACCACUUUCAUCACUUCCACAGAUUCAUCUUCAACUAUCCAGGCCUGUUAAUUCAGACGCACUUACGAUAAAAGCCUUAGAACACAGACAAGGAGAAAAGUUAGCUAAAGAAUUUUUGAAGAAAUUCAGGCAAAGAAUAGGAAGCAAUAACCCAAAGGCGAAUAAUCAAUGAAACCAAGACUGCUAUCGAAUGUACAUAAUAAAAAUAAAUAGAUAGACAUUAACUUGUCCAAGAAUUUUGUUAACAUAUAUUGUUGUGCAUAUUUAUUAUAAAAAGCUUUACUAAAA